AUGAGUACACAUGACCCUCAGUUAUCCAAAUUAUCGUCAUUAGAUGAUUAUUUAAGCUCACCUGUGUCACCACCACCACCCCCAGAUGAUGAUAAUGAUAAUGAUAAUAAUGACAGCAACAAGGGAAGUAUGAGGAGUAGAGGGAGGAAUGAUCCUGAUAGAAAGACACCAUCCAUGUUUAGUGUUGAUUCUAUCAGUGAAGCUGGGCGGUCACAAACAGUUAUCAGCACCACCGUGCGGCAGCCUGUUGCAAGGCCGGGAAUCUCUGCUAGAUCACCAACAAACGUUUUCUCAUCAGCUAAUGAGAUGCGGCAAUAUCAAAUCCCAAGAGCAGCCGCAAGUGCCACCACAACAGUACCAACGAUGAGUACUACCAUUAACUCUCGCCGGCAGCAGUCGUUGGGAGGUUCGUUAGAUGAUCUUCCAUCACUCCCAUCUGCUGCUGCUAGUCGUGUAGUACGGGGGGCAACCCCUGUUGUUAGCGGCGGUGGUCGUCGCGAUGGACCACAUGCGGGAAUAACACUAGAAGACGUGAAGAACGCUGUUGAACGGAGGAGACGGCAGUGUCGUUCUGCAAACUCCACACUUCACAAUUCCUCUGAGGUGGUGUUUGGGAGCUCCCAAGAAUGUGCCAAUGGGGAACAACUGGUUGACGAAAAAUCAGAAGAUAUGUACAAUCUUGUACGGUGCCCGGAGGUAGGACGUGGUGUUAAUGAAUUUGUGGCUUCUUUUUUAUCUGCGAAUGGAUACCACGGAGCUCUGGAAUUAUUUAAAAAACGUCUUCCUCUGGCUGAGCAACAACUCCAGAGUUGUCUACACCAUCAUAAUCACCACCAACAGAAGCAGCAGCAGCAGCAGCAAAAACAGGAUGAGAAACAACAGAUAUCUUGGGGUAAGAAAAACAUUACGUCCGUAAAACCUGAGGAUAAAAAUGAUACCAUGGUGUCUUCUCCGAUGUAUGCCUUUACGAAUGAUGAUCUCUUGCUUUUCGUGAUGGAUUCUGUGAGACAACAACAAAUGCUUGAUGAUAGGCUUCCAUGGCGGGAAAUCAAUUGCAGGAGUAAAGAUUAUAGACUAGAACCUUUAGAACAUCAUCAACCAUAUCAAAAUGAAGUUACAGGAACUGAGGGAAAUGUAGGUAACAAUCAACAGAUAGACAGUAGAGCCGUUGGUGGUUCCCUAGAUCUUCUUAUAGAAGUGCUUGUUCUUGUUGAAACUGAUACCCCUUUUACAAUAGGAAUGCCUAUAUUCAAUUAUACUAACAUUUUUAUUUUACUCUCUUCUUUAUUUGUUAUGCCUGAAGUACUUAUUGUGAGACUUAUUCGGCUUUUUCGUCAUAUCCAACAACAACUUCCUUUGGAUGAUAGUCGUUGCGUGUAUCUACAGCGUCGUAUUUUACAGUUUAUAAUCGCAUAUUGUAAGUUUAACGAAGCUGAUAUUACCUACACUCUCCUUGAACGACUUGAGAGUUUUUUACAGAGUUAUAGUACCCCACAAGCAAUGAACCAGUUUACAUUUGAAUCUUUAAGCACAACCUGGAGUAGUACACCAUUUUUACCAUCUACUAGUAAAUUACCGAGUGUAUAUUCUACAGUGGCUGUAGAAGUUUCACUUCGCUUUAACGAGUUAUCAGUGUUUAUUAAAGAUUUAUUAAAGAAAAAAUACGUUUUAGUUCAAAAUAAUUCCAUCACUCCUAAUAAUACUACUAAUUGGCAAAGUAAAUUAGUAACAGCAAUUAAACCGUUAGGUACACUUUUAUCUGGAGCAAGUAACGGUAAAAAUAAUAGUAAUGAAACACAGAUGGAAGGAAAAACAUUUUUACUAUGUGACACAAUUUUAUCAAAAAUUGGAAAUUAUACCGAAAUUGUAUUCACAAAAGUAAAUGUUGAGACUCUCGCAAAUCAAAUGUGUCUUCUUACAUUUCGUUUAUUCGCUAAUAUUCACUUGCGAGAGUUGCUGAAUAAUGCAUGGUGUGAUGAGAUCAUGCGUCUUAGUGUACCGUAUCACCUAUCACGUUUUAUCGAUUAUUUUUCUCAUUUGCAACAGUGGAUAACAGUACUUAUUGUAAGUCCCAAACGGUGGUCUGAAUGUCAAUCUGCCAUGCAACAAGGUGUGCAUUUCUGUCGUCUUCUAUAUGAAAAACAAAACUACGAGGCAGCAGCUGCAGUCUUGGCUGGACUACAGGACCCAGCGGUUUGUACACUCGAAGAGUUAUACCGCCAGUACUUUAACCGUCCCAUGCUGGAUAGAAAAACGCAAGAUAUAUUCUCUACACUACAGGAUUCUAUGGACCCAUUUGCUUCUUCUGAGAGUCCCUCAUCACUGCGAUCCAUCAGCAGUCGCAUAAGUGCCGGUAAUAUGGAGGCACCGAUGAUACCACUUAUCGCACCCAUCCUCGGUGUGCUUUUCCGCACAGAGGAGUCAAAAGGAAAAACUGUAGAGGUUAGUGGAAGAGACAGAAUUCCUAUUAUAAAUUGGAGCAAAAUAGUGGCACUUGCCAAAACAGUAUUUAUCUGGCUUCGCUGCCAAAACACACCAUACAAUUACACCCUAGAUCACAAACUACAGUUUUAUCUUUGGCAAAUGUCAGGUCACCAGUAUUUUAAUAGAACUAUAACAAAUCUUGCAAAACAGGAACGAGUUGAGUAA